CCACAAAGCCUUUCACGAUUGUUCAUUAGUAUAUUCUUUUUCAGCACAACCCCAACACAGGUACCUGCUUCUGAUAAUCUCUGUCUCUCCUGGGUUCAUCUGAUCAAGCUUCCAUGGCUGGCCCUUACAGCGCCAAUGGUCAACAGCCCCAGUUUCGUCCACCGUAUGAUUUGGGGUAUCCCAUGCUUGCCUACCCACAGCCUGCUUAUCAAUCUUGUCCGCCAUAUGAAUUUGGUUAUCCCAUGCCUGCCUACCAGCAGCCUUAUCAAUCUCCUCCACCAUAUGAAUUCGGGUAUCCCAUGUGUCAGAAUGAGGGAUCAACCAGCACCAUAAAUCAUGAGAUGGCAUGGAGUGAGAAUGAUUUACUGCAGUGGAUAAGCAGUUUCCAGAAGAGCGAUAACUUUCAUUCUGAUCAUAGAGUUAGUCCUCCUCAACCCAACGAUCCAAGGCUGCUAGUGCUGUUAGAAAAUCUUCGGAAACUCUAUACGGAAAGGAGGGAGUUGUUCAAGAACAUAUUUCCGGAGCUUGAUGACAACUUUGUGGAGUCGUUUAAGAAAAUCCGAGCAACUCUAAUGCAACUGAAGACAGAUCGGUUGAAGGCACAGACCUUGCAAAGGAGCUUGAGUGUGGAUUCACCUCGCACGCCCUCAAGGAAAGGCGAUGAAUACCCAUUGAGGCUGGAGAGGUUCAAAGUCAAGACUCUGGAUGUGUAUGUAGGGGUGGCACAAGAUGGCAAGGGUGCGACCCAGCCAAAUGGUUCCAAAUAGUAUUUGCACGACAACAGCUUGAGAAUGGGAUCGAUUAUUUCCAUUAAUAUAUUAUCCUCUACUAUAGUCAACAUGUAAAUAGUAAUUGAAUGAUUUUAUAAAAUAUUUUGUAAGACUUUCUUGGUUGUAAAAAGACUAUUUAUAGACAUCGGUUUGGUUUGAGUGUAUAUUCCUUUCAACUGUCUUGGAAAUAUAUAUCUUAUUUCCAAAUAUGCAA